AUGCUCGUGUCCUCAGGACCUGACACUACCCCUCAUAAUGGUUGUUAUCCAGUUGAGGGAGCACAGGAUGAAUCUUUUUACUCUCCAUACAUAAUCACAGGUCUCUUGUCAGGAUCACGGGUACCUAUAGACGGGUUCCUCAAGAGUCCUCAUAGACGCAGACUAUUUCAACGUCUGGUCCUGACAUCUCUCCUCGACUUCUGCGCAAGAAACUCGAAGAGAUACAGGGCAAGACUCACUGCAACAAAAAUUCCAAAUCCCUCUUUGACAUACCAAGGAGCUUCAGUGCGCCAACGACUUUUCCUCAGCGGGCUUCAACAUCCUCAAGGACGGCCUUCUCAGUAUGGACAUGUGCCUCCUUGGCGGUUGCCUCAGGGGAAUCGUCCAGGCGGAACUUGGGACGACUACGGUCGGGGUGCUUCAUCCUAUGAUCUCGGGGAUGAGGAUGAAAACGGUGGCGAGGCAUUUGCGGAUCGAUAUUUCGAUGAAGAAGAAGAGGAGGAGGAUAAUCUUAGAGAAGAAACUCCGUGGAGCAGACCAUAUGACUCCUCAGAUGAGAUGAGGGAUGAAGCAUUUGGGGAUAGAUAUCUGGGAGGAGGGAGGCAGUAG